GGGAAGUAGUGGCGAUGCUGCCAGGCACCGAGGCAGCCGCAGUGGAAUGUGAGGACUCGGAGCUGCGGUGCCGCGUGGCAGUGGAGGAGCUGAGCCCCGGCGGGCAGCCGAGAAGGCGCCAGUCACUGCGCACCGCGGAGCUGAGCCUGGGUCGUAACGAGCGCCGGGAGUUGAUGCUGCGUCUGCAGGGGUCAGGGUCUGCCGGGCGCCCCCACUGCUUUCCCCUGCGCGCCGCUCGCCUUUUCACGCGCUUCGCCUCUGCGGGGCGCAGCACGCUGCGGCUCCCCGCCAACGAUGCUCCCCGACCUGGCACGGUGCAGCUGCUGCUCUCUGAUUGUCCCCCGGACCGUCUGCGCCGUUUUCUCCGCACACUGCGUCUCAAGCUCGCCGGGGAUCCAGGACCUGGACCAGCCUCUGCCCGCUCGCAACUGCUCGGCCCGCGGCCCCGCGACUUCAUCACCAUCAGCCCAGUGCAGCCAGAGGAGGUGCGGCGCGCUGCAGCUACCAGGGUCCCAGACGCCUUGCGGGUGAAGCAGGCCACCGAGCCUCGGGCAGGGCCCAGCCCCAGCACGGAAGCCCCAAAGUGGCCACUGCCCGUGAAGAAGCUGAGCCUGCCCCUCCCCAAACCACAGCUUUCUGAGGAACAGGCCGCUGUGCUGAGGGUCGUCCUGAAAGGCCAGAGCAUUUUCUUCACUGGGAGUGCAGGAACAGGGAAGUCUUAUCUUCUGAAGCGUAUCCUGGGUUCACUGCCUCCCACAGGCACUGUGGCUACUGCGAGCACUGGGGUAGCAGCCUGCCACAUAGGGGGUACCACCCUCCAUGCCUUUGCAGGCAUUGGCUCUGGCCAGGCUCCCCUGGCCCAGUGUGUAGCUCUGGCCCAGCGGCCAGGUGUGCGGCAGGGCUGGCUGAACUGCCAACGGCUUGUCAUUGAUGAGAUCUCUAUGGUGGAGGCAGACCUAUUUGACAAACUGGAGGCUGUGGCCAGAGCCGUCCGACAGCAGAAUAAGCCAUUCGGAGGGAUCCAGCUCAUCAUCUGUGGGGACUUCUUGCAACUGCCACCUGUUACCAAAGGCUCCAAGCCCCCACAGUUCUGCUUCCAGGCCAAGAGCUGGAGGAAGUGUGUCCCAGUGACCCUGGAGCUGACAGAAGUGUGGAGACAGGCAGACCAGACUUUCAUCUCUCUGCUUCAGGCUGUGAGGCUGGGCAGGUGCUCAGAUGAGGUGACCCGUCAGCUCCAGGCCACAGCUGCUCACAAGGUAGGGCGAGAUGGGAUUGUGGCCACCAGACUGUGCACCCACCAAGACGAUGUGGCCCUUACCAACGAGAGGCAGCUACAGGAGCUGCCAGGUGAGAUACACAGUUUUGAAGCCAUGGACAGUGACCCUGAGCAAGCCCGCACCCUAGAUGCCCAGUGUCCUGUUAGCCAACUCCUUCAGUUAAAGCUGGGUGCCCAGGUGAUGCUGGUGAAGAACUUAGCUGUGUCCCGAGGUCUGGUGAAUGGUGCCCGAGGGGUAGUGGUCGGUUUUGAGAAGCAAGGGAGAGGGCUGCCCCAGGUACGGUUCCUUUGUGGAGUCACCGAAGUCAUCUGUGCUGACCGCUGGACAGUACAGGCCUCUGGGGGCCAGCUCCUCACCCGGCAGCAGCUGCCCCUCCAACUCGCCUGGGCAAUAUCCAUCCACAAGAGCCAGGGCAUGUCUCUAGAUUGUGUAGAGAUCUCUCUGGGCCGUGUGUUUGCCAGUGGCCAGGCCUAUGUGGCUCUUUCCCGGGCCCGAAGCCUGCAGGGCCUGCGUGUGCUGGACUUUGACCCCAUGGUAGUUCACUGUGACCCCCGUGUGCUACGCUUCUAUGCCACCCUAAGGCAGGAUAGGGGCCUCAGUCUGGAGUCCCCAAAUGAUGAUGAAGCAGCCUCAGACCAGGAGAACAUGGACCCAAACCUAUGA